UUGGAUUCUUGGACAUGGUUUGAGAUACCAAUGCCGCGUCGUGCUAUUGAUUCGGAACCAACUUCAAUGUUGCCUAAAAAGAAAACGAAGGUAAUUGAUGAGUGUCCCAGCCUAGAUGCAAGUUUUUUCGACGAUGAGGCUUUACCUCCUGGUAUUGUCUUCACUGAUGUCCAAUUGAAGAAAUGGCGUAUUGGAAAACCUAUAGGAAGAGGAAGUUUUGGUCGUAUCUACUUAGCAUCAAAUGAUAUAGAUAAAGAAGUCACAAAACAAAAUGCAAGAUAUGUAGUUAAAAUUGAACCACACACAAAUGGACCUCUGUUUGUAGAGAUACACUGCCUUAUUAGAACAGCACAGGUUUCAAAAGUGAAAGCCUGGCGUCAACAAAAUAGACUAAAACGAAUUGGUAUGCCACUUUAUAUUGCAAGUGGAUCAUUCACAGAUGAAAACAGUGACACUAAAUAUAGAUUUCUAGUUUUACCCAGAUAUGAUAUUGAUCUACAAAAAGUUAUCGCCAGGACUAAAACCUUAGACUUGAAGAAUGUUCUAGUUCUUGCCUUACAAAUAUUAGAUGUGUUAGAAUAUUUACACAAUCAAGGUUAUACACAUUCUGAUAUUAAAAGUUCCAAUUUAAUGCUUGGUUUUGAUGUAACAAAAUUAGAGAAAGCAUCAGUGUCAAGACCGGCACAAUCAUUUCAAAAGGAAGCAAAACAAGUUGUUCUUGUACCUGGAAAGCAUAGAAAAGCCAAAACAGGAAGGUCUAAAACAUCAAACUAUUAUGAUGAUGAAGAUUUUAUUGUAAGAGAGAAAACUUCCACUUGUGAUGAGACCUGUGAUGGUAAUAAAAGACUGGCUAAUGUGAAGAAAAAACUGAGAAGGAUUCUGUCUGAUAGAGAUAACAGAACCCUACACAGACAUCAUGCAUUUAAUUUGAGACAGUUGUCUAAUUACGUAAACUAUGAGGACUUAAGUUCUGUCUGCUCCGACAGAUCAUAUCAAAAACUUUUAGAUGAUUUUGGUAGUAAAUCUCUAAUUUAUGUGGCUGAAAAGUUACAAGAAGAUGAAGGAACUGAACCUGAGCUCAAAAAUAUAGAAAAUAAUUUGGAUCAACUACACAAAGAAGCAAUUUUGUCACAAUCUAAUGGUCAAAUAUUUUUAUUAGAUUAUGGUUUGGCAUCUAAAUUCUUAGAUUCAAAUGGUAAUCACAAAGAUUUUGGUAUGGAUGCUAGGAAAGCUCACGAUGGAACUCUAGAAUAUAGUUCAAGAGAUUCCCAUAUUGGAGCACAUUCUAGAAGGUCUGACUUAGAGACCCUUGGUUACAAUAUGCUCGAUUGGUUAACGGGAACUCUACCUUGGAAGACUACAGAAGUUCUUGCUGAACCAGAUUUAGUGCAUGCUUUGAAGAAAAACUUCAUGAGUGACAUCAAAUCACUACUGAAAACAUGUUUUAAGACUGAAUUUUACCCACAGUUUAUGGAAAAAUAUCUGCAAUAUAUUACAAGUUUAGAUUUCACCGAGAAGCCAGAUUAUGAUUAUUGCAGAAAUGUGUUUAGAAGUGAAUUGAUUAAAAAUGGUUAUGUUUUUGAUAAAGAAAUGAGCCUUAACUUUGCUGAACCUCCCUUAUCACCAAUGGGUCGUAAUAAGUUGUGUUAUUCAAAGAGGUUUGGUAGGAAAAACACUCCUGCAGAUUUUCUGGCAAGGAAUGGUAUAAAGGAAACAUAUGAGAGGGAGAAUGUUUGUUCCUUAGAAAAUGAUCUUAAACUAGAAUUGCUAAAACGGACAUUAAAUACAUCAAGCGACGGUGUUCGCAAACCUUGUACUUCGCGCAACUUUUUCAUAUCAGAUGCAGAUUUAGUUGCACGAUUAAAGAAAUCCUUAAUGCCUCAUGAUGUUCUGGGAAAAAAAUUAUCACCCAAGAACUUACGAUCAAAGAAAAAUAUUACUAAACGUAAAGGAACAAAACGACACAGGAAUAGCCUUGGCAAGUUUGGUAACUUCAUGGGCUCAGCCAGACAGUUUACAUGGGCUGAAAUAUUAGCUGGCAACCCUGAAGACAUUAUUAGAAAAGAGAGGAAUACUGUUAAUAACGAUGAAGGAGAUGAAGAUGAUGAUACAACUUGCAAGUAUAGAAUUAGAAAACUUUCUAAUGCAUCACAUGCAACUGAUGAUAGUGAUAUCCAAUCACCAUUAAUGCAAAAAGAUUACUUGCAAAGUAUGAACCCAACUUAUGCUAUGAAGGAAGUUGUAGCAAAUUUUAAGAAAAAGAUUUCUGGGAAACCAUUAAAAGAACCUGAGCAAUGCCCACCUGACUUAGAAGGUUAUACACCAGCAAUGAUAAGAUUAUAUAAAUUAAAAGAAAAACGGGAAGCAAAAGAAAAACUCGAUGCAUUGAAACAAAAUUCUGAAAACAAAGAAAUUGAAAGGAGACCAAGAUGUACCAGAUCAGUGGCCAAAAAGAUUGAGGAGAAAAAAAAGCCUACACUAAGGACAACAAAAAAGAAAGUGUCUGUCGUUGAUUGUGAUAAGAAAAUUUCAGAUACUGAUUCUGAUACAGAUCUUCCAAAAAGCAGUGAUAAAAUAAAACCUCGUAAAACAAGAAGUAUUGCAAGUAAGAAAGAAGUAAAAGUUGAGAGUAAGCAGUCGCCAGCUAAGACUAAAACAAGAAACACAACUGUGGUAUUAAACAGAAGGAGAUUAAGAAGCAGCAAACGCAAAAAGCAAUAG